CCAUAAACCAGUUGAGAAGGCAACAAGCAGCUCUUACUCGGUCACUGCUACUAACGAAACCACCCAUUUUAAACCUUUUUUCUUUUAGUCUAAACUUUCAUGGCGAUCCAAUUCUCUUCAACGAGGUCUUUUCGCUCCAUUUUCCAGCCCAAACCAAAUCUUUCCGAACCCUUCCUUUUCCUUCCAGAUUCUUAUUAUAGACGAGCAGAAAGCGACUCGUGCCGUGCUUGCAGUGUGAAUUGGAGCAAGUGGAGCUCAGCUGCAAACUACGUUAGACUUACGAAACUCUCCGGACAAUCUGUUGGUGUAAAAAAAUUGGUGCACAAUAGAGCAGGAUUUGUGAGGUGUGCAACUAUUGAAGAAAUCGAAGCGGAGAAAUCUUCCAUUGAGAAAGAUGUUAAAGCUAGAAUGGAAAAGGCUAUUGAAAUGGUGCGGACAAAUUUCAAUUCAGUACGGACAGGGCGAGCAAAUCCAGCCAUAUUAGAUAAGAUUGAGGUGGAAUAUUAUGGAACUCCAGUCAGCUUGAAGAGCAUAGCUCAAAUCACUACUCCUGAUGCAAGUUCUCUUCUGGUUCAACCAUAUGACAAAUCAAGCUUAAAGGCUAUAGAGAAGGCCAUAGUAAGCUCUGAUGUUGGUUUGACUCCAAACAAUGAUGGUGAAGUAAUACGUUUGACCCUUCCUCAACUGACAUCUGAAAGAAGAAAGGAAUUAUCAAAAAUCGUGGCCAAACAGGCUGAAGAAGGAAAGGUUGCAUUGAGGAAUAUAAGAAGAGAUGCAUUAAAAGCCUAUGAAAAACUUGAGAAGCAAAAGAAGCUCUCAGAAGACAACGUGAAGGACUUGUCAAGUGAUUUACAGAAACUGACAGACGAGUAUAUUAAGAAGGUUGAGAGCAUCUACAAACAGAAAGAGAAGGAGUUGCUGAAGGUUUAAUGAUUGUUUGCACAGAAAUGUAAAUGGGUGAGCUAUGUCUUCGGUGAAUUGUAAACGCAGCUGUCUUUGUUGGUUGAGUUUAUGGUGUAUAUUGUCUAUGGCCCUAAAAUGGCAUUUAUAUGCUAAUGUGGUACAAUGAUACAAAGCUUUAAAAUGAAAUUGAAAAGUGGAAAUCUGUUCUUAUAAGCUUUUAUGAAAAGUUGAUUUGUAUAGCAGUUUAUGCACUUAUUUCCUGUGAACAUUGAAAGGUGACCAAGGUAUGAGAGGACCGUCUUAGACAGCUGUCUCACAUAUAACUGUGAUGCUUACUAUUUAACAACAAAAUGCCAGGCCCCAUUCAUUC